AGUGAUUCCGCCAUUUUGGUUGCAACUACAAACAAAAAAAUAUAAAUUUAAUAAUAAAUGGAUAUUUACAUUACCUAGGGUUCUUAUAUAUUACAAUGGGGACGGCAGCUAGUACCUCGAACCCCGAAGUUGGCGUCCCCAUAAACCCAAGAGUGGAUUAUGCCGAUGAAAUGUCAAAACAGAAGGGAAAAAAACUGUUGAUUGAUGCUCCAGUUCUGGUUGAACUUGAACAUGGGACAGUACGCUAUAGGGACCCAGAGAAGCAACACAUAAUGAAGCUUGCUGAUAAAGACAAGCGUAUCGAGAGACCACAUGAAGGUCCAGGAAAGCUUCAGCAGAAACGAGGCUAUUUCUAUCAUGCCAGACUGAAUGACUUUAGUAAAAGUGCUGAUAAAACCAAAGAAGAUGACUACAAAUUCAAAUAUGUGUGCCAGGGACCUGUCAAAGCCAAACAGAAAAAACUCUAUUACGUAUUUGGAAAAGGUGCCAAUGCAAUGGCUGUGGAUAAGGGCAUUAUUAGGAGUACACAAAAGAAGCCACAGGGAAAAGGCUAUGUAUGGCAGGACAAUUUUAAACAACCCAACCAUGCAUACUUUGAUAUGACAUUCCUUCAGCAAGAUGAAGAGGGAAUCGCAUCAGAUGAUGAAGACACUGAGGUGGCUUCAGUUUUAGCUGAUGACACAAGUGAUGGGACAGGACACACUGUAACAAAGUUAAAACUCCACCAGGAAGACACUGUGCUGAAAGUGCAAGAACGUGUGGGACUUCAGGUGCUGAAACCAGCAGACCAUAUUCAUAUCAGCUUAUUAAAUAGAGAGUUAAAAAGUCAUGAAGUCAUUGGAGACUUAAGAAAACCAGAAGAUGGGAAAUGGACAAUUUACAGCAUUCAACUUGCCAAAGUUUGAGUUUAUUCCACAGAACAGACAAACACUGCUUAAUAUAUGUUAAAGUCAACAGAUCGAAGAGAAACCAUGCAAAGAAUUUACUGAUUGACAGUAGGCCUGAUCAUUAAUCAUAUGGUUUUUUAUAACACCAUUUUGCCUUGUUAAGACAGUAUAUGAUUCUAUUCUAAAUGACAAGAGCUGCAGAUGCUGUUGUCCCUUUGAUACGGGCUUGACACUUGACAGGUACAUCGACAUGUACACUGUAUUACUAUGAUGUAUGUAGGCCUGGGGAUAGCCUUUUUGACAAGUACAUGUAGAACACAGCAAAUUGCAAUAUUCAGGUAGCCAAAUGUGUAAAAGCUAGCCAUAAGCUAAUUGCCUCUACUAAAACCCAGCCCUUUGCUGAUUAUUGAAUACGUCCCUUGAACAUGUUGCUAAGGAGCGUGUCGUACCGGAGAUUCGAGGGAACACCAAUCAAAAUUUCCCCAAAAUCCAUUAGUUAGCGUUCAUAUAUGCAGCGUAAUGUCCAGUUAGUAUUUUCAACAAGGAUGGGAUGUCUAAGAGCAAAAUUGUUUCAUCACAGAACAUAUAGUAAUUGGCCAUUUAAUUCGAUUCUUAAUAACAGUUUUUCUGAAAAGUUACGACUUCACAAUGACGCAUCUGUGUACCUUUUAGAAUCAAUAUUUCACAUUUCAUGUCAAAAAUUUCUGUUGUUUUUAAAAUUUAAAUCUCAAAUAAAAUAAGAUUAAUGUGAGAAUGGAAUGAAUUACAUAUCACAAUUUAAUAGAAAAAGUAUAUUUUAUGAUCACUAUUCUAAUCUGCUGAGUUUUGACUCACAUAGGCAAACCUGUGACAAAAAUGCCAACUUGACGUCAAAAGAUGAUCUCCCAACAUUGGUAAUACAAAAUGCCACAUAGGUUAUCGCAAACAAUUUAUAACAACGGUUAUGAGCUUUUUCUGACCAUGAAAACAGGCAUAUCUUUUAGAAUCUGGUAGCGUAUGGGGUGAAAUUUCCAUGGAAAAGCAAAAAUAGAACGCCUCUUGAGAAAUCCUGGCUACAUGCCUGAGGCGGUAAGCUUGCAUAUAACAUCGAAACGAAAACGUGUAACGUAAUGGGUACCCGUAUUAUUGCAUACAAUUGUCUCCCUUAGUAGAUACCCGUUCAGCUUCAGUCUUUCUGUUUAGAACGGAUGUAUGUAGGGAUGAUACCAUACGUGUAUAUUGGUAAAUCUAUAGGUACAUCUUUAGCAUUAGCCUUGCCCAAGUCGGUCUCUUUUACUUUUCUUGAUUUCUAUUAAUUCAAGAUCAGAUAAGUAA